AUGGCCAGCAGCUCUGAGGUGGUGAAGAAAGUUAUGCGGUUUAAACAUCAACUCACAGAGCCAGCAGAGUCCGCCACGGUAGAUAUAUCAAGUUUACUUCGGUGUAAGUGGGCACAACAAACAGACAAGAACUUAAGGCAGGCUCCCAAUGCUCCAUAAACCAUCUUUAUUUCACUGUUUUUAGCUGUUUCUCGAGAAACUUCCGCGUUACUUCCGGACCUCCGCUGUUUUAAAUGGCCUUGCACAUUCACUCAAUCGUCUAAUAUCUCUUUAUACUUUUUUGGUUUCCCCCUCCACGCACCACAGGGUGAUAGUAACCAUUAACUGAAUUAAGAUAAACCCAAAUCCUCUGUUUUAACUGUGUCUCUUGAACUGUUUGUGCUCCUUUGAUGUGAGCUCAGAGGAGGAUUCAGAGCUGUCUCACUCAGACAUGUGCUCUGCUGCACUCACACAUUUACAACACUUAACUGCAGGGGGUCAAAGCUGUUUUAAAGGGAGGUGCUUUGCUGCUAAAUUUGGCAACUCCUCCAGUUGUUCAACUUAUGGCUGCUGUCCAUCAACACCGGAGGUUGGGGGGCUCUGCAAGCUGGCUUCAGUCAAAUUUACAUGUAGAUUGACUUGUGAAUUUGCAAGUGCUUAGCUCCAUAUUACCAUGAGGUGUGUUAAAGUUGAGUCCCGGUUGAAUGCACUUUAAAAACAGCCUGUACAGUGAUAUAGUGUGGUUGUAGCAGACAGAAGCACCAUUAUCCAUUUAUAGUGCGCAGUAAAAUGAGCAGCCUUGGUGGGUGUGUGUUGUUCCCAUACAUAGCUUCUGCUCUGAACGCACAAUCAGCAACUGUUGGAUCCAAAACCAACACUACCAUACAUGGCAUGUCGAGUUUUCUUCAGUUCGUAUUGAAUAAUUUUGCUCCUUUUUGUCCUACAAACGGUUAAAACACCAUAAAGACGCUCGAACUGUGAUUUGUUGUAUCUCUUUUUUGCAGGUUGUAAAAAUCCUGCGUAAACUACAAGAUCUGGACAUCACAUUAGACAUUCUUGCUGUGAGUCCUUUUGACUAAAAAUUACUGUAUUUUUUGUUGUAUGUGUUCGUACUGGGAUGCACUUAUUUUAUGUCUGUGAAUAAAUCAGGAAACUGGAAUUGGCAAAACGGUGAAUUCAUUACGCCGACAUGAACAGGCCGGAGAAUUUGCAAAGUCGCUUGUCAAGGGUUGGAAAAGACUGAUUCCUAAGGAGUCCACAAGGUGAACUGUAUUUAAUUUUAGUGUUGUUUUUUACUUUAUUCUUAAUUGUGCAUUUGAUUGUGAUAAAUGUUUGUGUUUUGUUUGAACGCAGCCACACAGAAGAUGUUCGAACUUCAGAGAGUUUGACUGCCGGACUGCAGCUGGGCCAACACUGCCCUGAUAAUGGAUGUUUGAUAUCAGAGGAUUUAAACAAUAAUUGUCUGAUAUACAAUAAGAAUCAUGAGUCAUCGGAUGAGGCUGUCUGCAAAAGAAAGAGUCCUAACAACGCAGAUUCAGAAAAACAAUGUGAGAGUGAGAAAAAACAGCAGGACGUGGAGGAAAAAGGUCAGAAAGAAAAUGAGAGUUUUCCUCAGAGUGAAUUCUCAGAAAAAGAAAUUGAAUUCAAAGAUGACAAAAAAGACGAUUCAGUGGUUUCCAAGAAGAAGAAAAUUAGUCUGAGUGAUAGAAAAUUGUCUGAAAACAAGAGCUCGGAGGAGACUCAUCAGAAAUCCAGGUCUGGUUCUAAGAACAAAAUCAAAAGCAGGUCUGAAAAAGAGUCGACUAAGAAAUCAAAGCUGUCAGAUGAAACAUCAAACAAAGGCGAGGAGUCUUUAUCAUCUACCUCUAAUGACAAAAACUCUGAAACAUCACAACAAGCUCCUCUAAGAGAUUACAAAUACUCAGAAAUGUACAGGGACUCAGAGGACCGGAAGAAAAAGAGGAAAAGAAAAGAAAAAGAAAAACAUGCUGGUCCAAAGAAUGAGCCAGAGUCUAAACAUACAGAGCACAAAAACAAAAAAAUGAAGCGCAAAAACAAAGACAGUGAAGAGCCCUCCAUGUCUUUUGAAUCCUACCUGAACUAUGACGUGAAUGUUUGCAAGACAAAAGAAAAAUCUGCAGGAAAGAAACGGCAGAAAAAAAUCAAGAUGGCAGUGAAAGAGGAGGAAACAGAAGAUCUUGACACGAGGGCGGAUGAAAUGGGUGCAAAUGUUACUUCUCCAAAGCAGGUAGACUCUUGAAAAAUCAUCAAAACAAACUUUAGAUGACAUGUUUGAAUUAUUAAUCCUGAUUUAUCUCACGUUUUAGAAGUUUAAGAUGUCUGUCAUGGACCUUCUAAACAUACCUUUACCUGCUGAGCUACCUGAGUGUGAUAAACCUUACUGUGUGGAGUAUUUUGAGAAAAAAGGUACUUCCCAUGUUUGAAAAAAUGCCUCUUUAUUUUUAUUUUUAAUGUUUCAUUCUUGACGCUCUCUUUUUGGUCUUAAAGUUGAGAAGGAGCUGGACUUCUAUGACGAGGAAUCUGCGGUCUUCACUGGUCAGCGGUCUAACAGGAAGAUGCAAGUCUACUCCGGUAACAAGGCCGUUUGCCUCCCAACCAUGAUGAGCCUGCACCAGCAGUGUAUCCGCACGCUGCAGAACAAUAUCAACUGUGAGUGAAGCUCAAACAAUCACAUCGUGCUCUUGUAUUGAUUGAUUUAUACUCAGUCUUUUCUCAGUGCUCUAUGAAACUGGAGGAGUCCCGUUCGAUGUCCUGGAGCCGGUGCUGGAGAGGUGCACGCCUGAACAGCUGCUACGCAUAGAAGAAUGCAACCCAGUAAGGAUGCAAAUAUACUUGGAGUGCAGACACACUAGUGACCACUUUAUUAGGUCCCCUAGAUAAGAAGUAGGACCCCAGCUUAUCUGUAGAGCAGCUGAAAAUCAUUGAUUUAACAAGGGCCAGAAUAAUAGUUACACUUUACCAAGAACUUUGAAGUUAUUCCUUUAAAACGUAAACCGUUGUCAUGGUUUUAUGGUCCCGUGAGGAUUUUUUGAUUAUCAAUCAAUCAAUCAAAGUUUAUACGUAAAAUAGCACUGUUCAAAUGAAAUUGCAGUGUGUUUUAUAUCAGGACAAGUUAUUAAAAUAGACUAAAACAGACAAUAAAAUAUUAACUUGAAUUUAUUAAUAAAAUAAGGUAAAAAGUGAUACUAGAAAUAAAUAAAUUAUCAUCAGCUUUACAUUAAAGCCAGGCUAAAUAGAUGGGUUUUAAGGUUAGGUUUAAAGAUUUCUAUAUUUGCAGCUUGUCUCAGACCCUCUGGAAGUUUGUUCCACAGUUUUGGAGCGUAGCAGCUAAAAGAAGCAUCAACAAAUCUGUUUGUUCUGUUCUGUGGAACGACAAAAAGAGAAGACUGGAAGGAUCUGAGAUGCCGCCCUGGUUCAUAAAUUAAAAUCAUCUUUGAAAGGUAUUCUGGUGCCAGGCCAUGUAGAGCUUUAUAAACUAGUACAAGAAUUUCAAAAUCAGUGUGAAAACUAACAGGCAGCCAGUGCAAAGACUCUAGCAGCAGAGUUUUGGAUCAGCUGUAGUUGGUGUAUUGUGCUUUUGGGUAGACCAGAGAGGAGAUCAUUACAGUAGUCAAGCCUGCUGGUUAUAAAAGCGUGCAUUAGUCUCUAUGCCUGGCUCAGAGAUAAUACUACAUGACCUUUAGAAGCAAAAAGACGAUUAGUGUAAAGAUGUAGAGUUUUAAUAGUUAUUCCUGAUGCCUGAAAGUGCUACUAAAGGUUAUGAGUGCUGGGUGAACAGCCUAUUUUAUAUUCCUCUGGCAAAUAUCUGAUUUAUUAAAAUACAGCUAUGUAUAUCUGAAGUUGUAUCAGAUAUACAAGUCUGUAUCUGAAGUUAUAGGACUAUACUUGUUAUAAAGCCUGUUUUCAUUCCUCUCUACAGAUCUACAUAGGAGAGACAGACCACUUGUGGGGGAAACACUGUCAGAGGGACUUUAAAGACUCCAAACUUCAGGAGUAUGAAUCCUGGAAGGAGAUGUACAUGAGGCUGUCUGAGGAGAGAGAAAGGAAACUCCGAAGACUGACAAAAAGCAUCGUCUCUGCACACUCAAACAAACCCAAAGGUGAAAUCCUGAUUAAGAUAUUUUAAUCAUCAAACUGUGAACACAUGAAAAUGAAAAUCGGUUUGUUGUUUUCAUUGUUUAUUGCAGGGGGGUUAUUGUUAUGACCGUCUGAACUCUCUGUUUUCAGGCCGGCAGGUGAAGAUGGCGUUUAUUCACACUGUUGCAAAGCCGCCAAGAGAUGUGCGGAUUCAGCAGGAAAUACACGGGACUGCAGUUCAGCAGCCUCAGCAGCCCAGGUCUAGGUGAGGUUCACACAAAGAAAUACAAACACAGAUUUUUUUAAAUGCACCUUUAAUUAUUUGUAAUUUCAAUCAGUUUAUAAUUACCGUUUUGUGAAGUGCUUUAUUGAGCCCGUAGAAAAGAAAGAAUAAAUAAAAAAAGAUGAAAAGUCUGUUUUAUUUAUUGACAAAAUGGAAUCAACAACAGAUUUAGUAUUUAAACUACACUUAAGAACUCAGCCUUAGGUGAUCCACAGAUCAAGCUACAGAUGAAACAAAGUAUGGAAAAUCUAUAAGAAGGUGAAAGUGCAAUAUUCAAUUUACUAACAAAUUAAAAAAUGAAAAAGAGUAAAAGUAAACCCGAUCAGGAAUAAUAUAUUCUUUUAAAAUAUUAUUUAUUUUACUUUACUUAUUUAAUCAGCAGAAACUCAAAGCAAUUAAAAAUGUAUUUUCCAAGAGUCUCCUGGUCAAGAUCAAAGUUUACAAAGUUGUAGAUAAAGAGCAGCCCUAAAUACAAGAUCGGUGAUUGUUUAACCGAACACAAAGACCAACAAGUCAACAAGUUAACUAGUUAAACACAUAAAUGCAUCCCCAGUGGACAUGUCUGCCUCCAAGUUGUUUAAAAGGGCCUCAAGAAUCAACUGAGACCAGUUCAUUAAGCCUCAGGUGUUUUAUUUAAAUUCCUUGGAAGUGAAGGGAGCAGCAAACUUUCCCCCCCUGAGGUUAGUUCUGACCUUUGAAACGGACAGGAAGAAAAGUUCCUGAGACUUCACUCUUAUAUAGAUGUAGGUUUGAAAGUAUGAAGGAAGCAGACCUUAAAUAACCUAAAUAAGUAGAAACCUGUUUUAGUCUAGAUGUGGACAAGGACGACCAGAUUCUUAUACUUUAACAUUUACUGCAAAAGAAUUUGAUCAGCAAAAGCGAAACGAGGCAAGACAAGACACCAAACUAGUUAGAUAAAUUUAGUUUUGAGUAACAAAGACAGGGAGUAAAAUCUGACCUGUAAUCGAAGGAAAAUUGAGAUUAUUAUGACAAUUUUUACAAUAACUUUUUGUAAGGACUUAAACGGCUUAUUUGACACAAAAUAUUCCCUCCAGUCAUCAUCAGAACUCAAAUUAUUCCAAGCGCUCAUUGUGUAAUGAUUUGCCUUGUGUCCCACAAAUCUACUUUCUUACGACACACAUAGUUAAAGUCGUUUUAGGGGAGAUAACAAGUUGUUGCAGAUAACAGCAGGAAUUUAAACCUGGAGGCAGAACAUAAAAUACAUCAGGUAUUAGAGGAAUGUAACAGUGUGUAAAAGUGAAGACAUGAACCUUAUUGUUAAAAACAGACAAAGACGUGGUUCUGCAAUAUUACCUGUUUCUCAUUAAACAAUUACAGACACUUAAGUCACAUGUCCAGGCACACAAAGGUGUUGAUGUGUAUUUUACCCCUCAGAGCCGUGUGUUUUUCUGCUCCUCUUAGCUCCAAACUGAUCACUCAACAGAGACACUCGUGAUUAUUGUGGUUGACGUCCUUUUUGAAUGAGCCUAGCCAAACACAGGAAUUGGAGCAAUGUGCUGGAUAAACUGGUUUUACUCCGGGUGGUAAAGCCUAGGGGCCCUUGUUGUCAGCUGUUGCAUCAUGGGAUGUUUGUCUCACCAGCUAUAGAAUCAUGUUGACAUUCGGAGGCAGGCGGAGACUAGUUUUGUUAUUUUCUGUGCGUUUUUAUUGUCUGGUGAAUAAAGCUCCAAUGUUUUCUCUCUUUACGUGAAAGUGUGAAGGUGCAGGACAGUCGGGUGAGGAUGAGCUAUGAGGAGUCCAGCAGGUCCAGCGGCACCGGCUCAGGAGCUGGAGGUUCACAGGACUCUCGCAAAAAAUCAAGUGAGCUGACAAACUCGGCUUAUUUGUUGAGAUCUUUACAAUUCAAUGUGCUUAACUCUAAUAUCACAUUAAAGGCUCCAAACACUGAAUCUUAAGAUCUAAACAUGAAUUUCUUUUCUGUUUUUAUUUGCACAGAGGUUGCUCCAAUGAUGGCAAAGUCCUUGAAGGCUUUUAAGAAACAUCUGGGACGCAGAUAAUCACUCUUACAUGAUCGUGAUAAUCGCAGUGUGUGGAUGUGGUGAAAGUGCACUUAAUCAUUCAUUAACUUUGGAGGAGAGAAGGCCUGUUGUUGCUUGCCUUUGAUUCUGAUUUGUGUAAAUAUCUACAGGCAUUUGCUUUAUUUCUCUUUAACUGUGACUUUUCUUCACAAUUAAAUGGACGAUGAAAUGAGCAAA